CGGAAACUCCGCUGGACCUGACGCUUCCUUUCCUUUCGUCAUUAGCCUGCCUCGGCCAGGACGUUCCCACGGGCAGCAAAUGAGGAGGUGACGGCGGCGGGGAUCAGAUAAUACCUUGGCACCUUACCAACUACUAUGAGUCUACUACAUAGUAACACCUGCUUUGACACCAGUGAUCAAGACGGUGGCUGCUGUGCAGCCAUGGCCAGUGCCUGCAGCUCUGGAGCCAAAGAGGAGAGUGUCGCUAGCAACUUCAGCAAUGGCACCGGUGGAACGCUUUCAAACUCUUUCAUAGAAGAGGUUCAGGGCUACGAUGUUGAGUUUGAUCCCCCGCUGGAAAGUAAAUACGAAUGUCCUAUUUGCUUAAUGGCUCUGCGAGAAGCAGUACAAACACGAUGUGGACACCGUUUCUGCAAAGCUUGCAUUGUCAAAUCCAUAAGAGAUGCCGGUCAGAAAUGUCCAAUAGAUAAUGAAAUCUUACUAGAAAACCAGCUGUUUCCUGACAACUUUGCCAAACGUGAAAUUCUCUCAUUGAGGGUAAAAUGCCCUAACAAGGGCUGUGAUCAGAAGAUGGAACUAAGGCAACUAGAGGACCAUCAGCUGCAUUGCGGGUUUGCGUCAGAAGAAUGUUCUCAGUGCCAAGGCUGUUUCCAAAAGAAUCAGCUACAACAACACAUAAUGCUAGAAUGUCCAAGACGGCAAGUCACUUGUCCAAACUGUAUCAUGAGCAUGGCAUACGAAGAUAAAGAGGUUCAUGACCAGAAGUGCCCUUUGGCAAAUGUAUGCUGUGAAUACUGCAACACGGAGCUAAUCAGAGAGCAGUUGCUUAAUCACUAUGACAAUGACUGCCCUACUGCUCCAGUACCAUGUACUUACGGUGCUUUUGGAUGUCCAGAAAAAAUGCAGAGGAAUGAGUUGGCACGCCACGUGCAAGAGUUCACUCAGGUUCAUAUGAGAAUGAUGGCCCAGGCUCUCCGAAGCCUCACCGUUUCUGCUCCAUCCCCCAUGUCUUUUGUUGGAGGACUGACUUUUGACCCAUCCCCUUUCUCCCAAGCCUUGCCGGCCCAGUGUGACUGCAGACCAGAAGUCCAGAACUUCAAGGAGACCAUUCAGCAACUGGAAGGUCGCUUGGUCAGACAAGAUCACCAAAUCCGUGAACUGAUUGCUAAGAUGGAGACACAGAACACACAGGUGGGGAACCUCAAGCGCACAAUUCGGAAUCUGGAAGAAAAAAUUACUGAAAUCGAAGCGCAGCAGUGCCAUGGUAUUUUCGUCUGGAAGAUUGACAACUUCAGCAUGUAUCUAAAAGCCCAAGAAGAAGAAAGGCCCGUGGUUAUCCACAGCCCAGGCUUCUACACAGGGAAACCUGGUUAUAAGCUUUGUUUGCGGUUGCACAUUCAGUCGCCAAACGCUCAGCGCUGCGCUAACUAUAUUUCCCUUUUUGUUCACACUAUGCAAGGAGAACAUGACAAUCACCUGCCUUGGCCGUUCCAAGGAACCAUACGGCUUUCUAUUCUGGACCAGUCAGAAGAUUCUCCAAGGCACAACCAUGAAGAAGUGAUGGAUACCAAACCUGAGCUCUUAGCCUUCCAGCGCCCAACAUCCUAUCGCAACCCAAAGGGAUUUGGAUAUGUGACUUUCAUGCACUUGCAGUCACUAAAGCAAAGAACUUACGUGAAAGACAAUCUUCUUUUGGUUCGCUGCGAGGUUGUGACGCGCUUGGACUUAACCAGUCUCCGAAGAGAAGGUUUUCAGCCCCGGAGUACUGAUGGGACUGUGUAGACCAUUGUGCCUUCAAGCAGAACAUCUGUGCCUUCAAGCAGAACGUUUGCUAUUCGGUGGGGAAAGUGCAGGGGAAUGAAAUAAUUUGUGAGUUUCUCAGAGUUCUCAGAGCAGAACCAAAACUACCAUUUGGAGAGGACCGUGGUUUUCAAGGAACGGAAAGUAUUUUCACUUAGAAAAUGAAAGCAUCAAAAUUAGCAUGCACCCUUUUGGUCUCACUAAGUAAGGUAAAUAACUCACGGCAGUGGUACUGAAAGCUGACGUUGGUGAACAAGUAUUCAUUAAAAUAGUACCAUUUCUAGUGUGGUGGGAAGCAUGGUCAAAUGGUACUACUUUGUGUCUUGUGCGUGCUGGUAGUGAGACCGACAGACCUUAAACCACAGGUGUCAGACUUGCGGCCCUCCAGAUGUUAUGAACUACAGUUCCCACCAUCCCCUGCCAGCAUGAUGCCGGCAGAGGAUGAUGGGAACUGUAGUCCAUAACACCUGGAGGGCCGUGAGUUUGACACCUGUGCCUUAAACCAUCAGCUCAGGUGUACACCAGAGUCUUACAGAGUAGCCGAAUUAUUUGAAUACUUAAACUGACAGCUUGUUGGGAUUUUUGAAGGAAAAAAAACCUACAUGUUGAUCUGGACAGAUACUAAAUAGGCUUUCAGAGAUGGAACUGAUUUAUAUUUUUUUAGAAGCCUCAGUAGGAAGCUCUUUGUGCCUGACAGCUCUCUGCAAAUCUGAAAUGAGUUUAAGUUUUUUUUAUUGGCAGGUUUCACUUGACCACUUUGCUGCCUUGGGAGUUAAACACUGAGAAACCAUUCUUACCAGCUGCUAGUCUGAUGGUUUGUCCACCCCUCCCUCCCCUCGCAUGCCACCACUCCCUGCCUCCCACUCCCUCCCCUCUCUCUGCUAGGGUGGGUGGGCCAUGUCCAGAUG